UUCAAAGGAACCGAUUCGGUCGACUUCAGAGUGGAUUUGGUGAAAUAUCUGGCAACCCUGCGCAGAACCCAAACCGGGUCGUAAAAGCUGAAGUAAUCAUUAACCCAAGCCACAGAAGUGCAGGAGCUGCAGGGCCUGCCGGAAGAACUUCCACUGUAUAAAAGGAACACUGGAGAGAGGAGACCACCAUGAGCUUCAGGAUGUUCGAGGAGAAGGACCACGCUGCCCUGUACCAGCAGUACCGCAUGACUCCUCCCAAAGAGAUAAAGGAGCUUAUACUGCAGUACCUGGACAAAAAGAAAGGUCCUCCUCAUGAGCUGGCAGUGGACCUGGGGUGCGGUACAGGGCAGAACACUCGUCUGCUCUCCCCUCACUUCCAGAAGGUGGUGGGCAUCGAUGUCAGUGAGAGUCAGGUGGAAGUAGCCAAGACUGUUCCAGGGUUUACCAACCUCAGCUACAGAGCAGGUCCAGCGGAGGAGCUGCCGUUCCCUGACGCCUCUGUGGAUUUGCUGACUGCAGCGUCUGCGGCCCACUGGUUUGAUGCUGAGCCUUUCCUCAAAGAGGCCACCCGGGUUCUGAAGCCUCGCGGCUGCAUGGCUCUGUUUGGGUAUUUGGACACUUACGAUCUGCACUACGGCUCUUGUGGGGAUCGACUCAAUACCAUCUACGAGGAGAUGAAGAAGUCUAUGCUGCCCUACAGUAGCGGUAGAGUGUCAGUGUCCAACAGUAAACUGCAGGAGUUAUAUGAAGCUAUUUCCUUUCCUGAGAAAGACAGGAUUGAAGUCAUUCCAGUGAAGGAGGAAGUGACCGUUAACAACAUAGUUGGUCUUUUGAAGACUCACUCCACCUUCCAAGCCUACCACAGAGCAGAUCCCCAAGGUGCAGCCAAUCUAAUAGAGUCAACAAUGGCCAGGUUCCUGAAGGAGAUGGGAGUCACAUCAACGGAAACCAAGCUCGAGAUCAGACUGGAGUACUUCUGUGUGCUGGCAUGUAAACCACAGUAACUGAUCACAGCCCUAUUAGUGUCAGUGAUUUACUUCUAAAAAGGUCUUAACAGUUGCUGUAGAUGAACCAGAAAUAAACAAAAAUGGGCCUUACUGCUUCUUUUGUCACUAAAGCACAUCAUUCAUUCACAACUUACAUCUAGAGAUGUCCCGAUCGGGUCCUUGAACUCAGGAUUGGGAGCCGAUCCAAACAUAUUUGUAUGUAUCAGAUAUCCACAAUCCAAUUUCCAGUAGGGCUGUGCGAUAUGGCCCUAAAAUAAUAUCACAUAUUCUUGGCGAUAUGACAAAACACUUUUUAAAAAAUGAUUCCAAAAAUACACUAUACACUGCAAGAAAAAAAAUAUAAAUAAUAUUACAUACAAUAUAAUACUGCACACCCCUAGGUGAGAUAUUACAAAAAUACGAGAAUUUAAUCAGAUUUGUAACAGGAGUCAAUGAUCCAGAAUGUCAUGAUGAUAAUAAUAAUAAUAAUGCACUCCAAAUAUCGCCAUGUAUCCAGGAUUAAAGUAAAAUAAAUGAUACUGGACAGAUAUAAUCUGUAUCUAGUAGAUAUAUAAUGGGAAAUGGGAUGGGUGAUAUGGCACGAUAUUUUAGGGUAUAAUAUCGUUCACAAUAUUUAAACAUUUCGACGAUAUUAUAGUGUAUGAUACGAUAUGGCACACGCCUAGUUUCCAGUCAUUGUUUUAACCACAGUGUUUAGAGCACCAUAUAGUGUUUUUUAAGCCCCCAUUAAUAGACAUUAUUGCUCAGCCAGCAGCAUUGAGGAGAGUUCUCAGAAGCUAAACUGAGGUGUUUAUUUGGAGUCUGCAGGGUGACGUUGUUUCUCAGUGGAGCACAAAAACCUAACAUAGUAUUUGAGUUGUAUAUAAACAAUCAUAAAAUUGCUCUCAUUUACUUUGUUUUUGAACCAGCACUGAACAGUGCCUUUAGAAACAAGUGAAGCUAAUGCUGUUGCUUAUUCACACACACUAAAGAAACUCUUAAGAAACCAAAUGAGGUCCAAUCCAGCAGCACAUCUUGUCUAAACUUUGUAACUGUAUUGUUUAUACAAACAGAAAAAAUCAAAUCAAAUUAGUAAUAUCUGAUGCUCAAAAUUAAGAGGAUUGGAUCUGAGGACAGAUAACCUGAUCAGGACAUCCCUACUUCCAUCCAGAUGUUUGCCACCUCUAACACACUGUUCUUUCUUUUAAAGACAUCACCAUACCAGUGGAUGGGGCAAGAUACCAGUAAUCAGUAAUUUACAGUAUCAUACCUUUAAACACAAUUGCUAUGGAAAUGCACUAUGUAAAUAAAUACAAUGUUUAAGUUUUAUUCACCCAGAUAUAUUUAGCUUUUUUUUAUAUUUUCUCAUUUUUAUAUGAAGAAAGAUUACAUGAAAAGUUAGAAUACGUGCCCUAAAUGUGUUAUAAAAAUAAAAAUGACCACAUUGACAUGCACUGAACAUGUAUAUGUAAAGUUUCUGCUUCACCAAAUAAAGACGUUCAUGCAGUAAA